AUGGUGGAAUUCGAGACUAUUAUAAAUCCACCCCAAGAGGUUUUUGACCAACUUGCUCAAUUGACAAGUGAUCCACCGGAGAAUUGGUGUUUUAAAAGUGAAGAUUACGAUCUUUGGAAAACGACCUAUGAUCAACUUUGGUUGGUCACUGUUGUGGAGAAAGGUACCACAAACUUUGUGGCGAGUGUCUCCUUGACUCGUUGGGACGGUCCAGACGGUGCUUUGUACUCUAUUGGAAUGUUUUAUUGCAAAGGAAAAUAUCGUGGUCAGGGAUUUGGAAAACCAAUUUUCCAGAAGGUUUUUGAUAUUAUUGGAGACAACAAUGCGACUCUUACAGGGGCUGUCAAGAUGAGUGCCAAGUACGACAAGGUCUUUGGAUUCAACAAGUGUCCGGAACACUGGCACUGGUUCAGUUCGGUUAAAUGCGCGGAUGUCAAGAUUCCGGACACCGUUUCAAAGGAAUAUUUAACAAAUGACUGGACUGAGGUGGAUUACGAGGCAUUGACUGCAUAUGAUCGGACUAUUUGCACCAGGGACCGGAAGAAAUACAUUACCGCUUGGUUCAACUUGCCUGAAAGUGUCACUAGGGUGGUUCUUAACAAGUCUGGACAAAUCGUGGGGUACGCUACUAUCCGUCCAGUAAUCAACAACCGUCUAAGCCCCGCCCCUUUCUAUGCUGAAAACUUAGAAGCUGCUGAAGUCCUCCUCAAAGACCUCCUGAACUCCAUCCCCAACUGGAGAGAAUACGAAACCUUUGAUUUCACAUAUCCAGGAUGUAACAAGGAUCCAGUGAUUCUUCUGGAAAAGUUCUCCAACUCCAAGGACUCAAUUUCCACGGUGAAAUUCUUCAGAAGUCAAUUUACCAAGAAGCUGAUUGCCACUCCGGACCAGAAGGUUUAUUCGGUGUCGGAUAAUGCUCAUCAGUUUGUGUAA